GCGGACCAUUAAAACAGGAUGUCGUCAAAGAGAGUGCAGAAUUUCCCUGUGUUAUAUUUUAUUUUGAUAGUUUGGUGCUUCAAAACAGGAUUAUAUCAAGCCUUAUCAACAACUGAUCGCACAACAGAUCAUACAUCAUCUGCACAAACUCCAGCCCUGUCUUUACCUUCAAACAUAACGUCAAAUUCCACAUCAGAUUUUCUGACUACCACUGCUGCUGCAGUAACUUCUACGACAGGUAGUGGAACUUGUAACAACUUAGGAUACGUGUAUGACAUUGAAGACAGUGUUCAUUACAAUUUGUAUAUUGGAAACUGCCGUGACAGCUGGUGCAAUAGCUCAUUUUGGGGAGGUCGCGUACAGAUUCCGUGGCAGGGAAAUAUCAACAAACAAUGCUCAAAAAGGCCAAACGAUUAUUUUGCCGUGUUAAAAGAAGAGCACAUGGAUAUAUCGGAUAUAGGCGAGAAUGUCAUUACAGCGGAAGUUUGCAUAUUAAAUCACACUGAUGAAUGUAUAGGAAAUUUCACUGUAGAAAUGAGAACUUGUAACGGUCACCUACUAUACAGAUUUCCGUUGGGCUCUGACUACAACAUUUACUACAAUACUUACGUUUGUUUUGAUAGAGUAAAUACAGAUUCUUGCCAGUCAUCAGAGUCUGUUUACUCUGCUGGAAACGUGACAGAUAGGUUCCUAAACUUGCCAUAUACUGAUGUCCAGCUUGGAUGGUUAGACGCUCAUCAAAAAGGGAAACAGUAUGUGCUGCCUGCCUUUGACGAUGUUGAUGAAGUUUUCGAUGAAUGUAUCGGUAUCAAUUAUUGGCAUCCCGACGUUUUCUUUCUGAAAGAGAGAAUAUUUCUAGAUAUACCAGAGAACAUUCCUGUCAAGUAUGCAGUUUGCUAUGUUUACAAACGUAACUUAGACUAUGAUUAUUACGAUAACUAUGUUGAUGGGGAAUAUUAUUAUGAUGAGUAUUGUACUCGUUACAUUUAUGCAAGAAAAUGUGAUGGGAAAAUCCAGUUUGAUGUAUCAUUUUUUCCCUUUUAUGGUCAUUUGUGUCUCAUUCAUUACAACAAUGUGAAAGUAAAACCAGAAAUAAAACACAGAGAAGACAGAGUCAGUGGUGAUAGAAUUAUAUAUAGAGCAUACAUUCAGUUCAGAUGUUCAUUUGUGAUAACUGGCGAUACUGCAUACAAAGUGAAAUGGUAUAUCAAUGGAACACUAUGGGAUGAGACAGGAUUUUCAUCUAAUCCGGAUGACCUUGUAUUAAGCGGAGAUUCUUUAAAUCAAUUACGACUUGGAUAUGAGGUGAAAUGCGGUGUCAUUGCAGCUGGGACAACAGAUGAAAAAUUAAGCAAUAAUUUUUUCGCAGGUUGGAAGAUUUCAGACACAUCCAGAAGACUUCCAAAGAAUGGAUAUGCUAUCAUUGAAGUUGAACAGACAGUGCCUUUAGGUUGUACAUACAUCAAUACUGGAGAAGAAGUGUGCGAGGAAACGCUUUCGAUUUCAGACGUUAACCGUGAAAUUGAUGCAUGCAACGCUGGAAUACACGUGAUGAACGCUGAUAAUAACAGUACAUCUUCUCACAAAAUAAAGAGUUUGAUGGUAGGUGAUGUUUGGAACUCCAGCAUCAAGUAUAGAUUUAGAUUAACUACAAUAGAUCAUGACUACGAUGACAAACUGAACUUUGACAUGGAGUUGCUUGUAACUAAGUCUGAACUGACAGAAGUAGUAAAUACUGAGCGCAUUGGAAUCAUUGCGGUUGAAGUGACACACUCGGCAAUACACAGAUACAAACGAUGCUACUCGCAUGCUGAUCCCCACGUGCGAACCGCCGACGGAAGGUAUUUCGGGCAACAAUUGGUCGGUGAUCACAUGUUUUAUAGAAACAAGGCAUAUCAGACAGAGGUUCAUGAAUAUGCCAGAUACUGUAAUGAUAAUGGCGGAGCAGUGUGUGCUUGUGGUGUAGCGAUCAGGGCAGGGGCUGAUGUCUUUGUAAUUAACAGAUGUGGCAACUACACGAUAUUAGACUUCUUACAAUGUAAUGAUGGAGGAAUCAUUGAUGUUCAACGGAUCCAUGAUUAUCGUUACAAGGUAAUAACACCAAUAGGAACUGUGAUCAUUGUAAAUCUUCACUCCUGGGGGAGGACGAUGGAUAUUGAUAUUUACUUAUCUGCCAAAGAUUUUCACAACACUGACGGACUUUGUGGAUAUUUUGAUGGAGAUAGAAACAAUGACUUUAGGCACAGAGAUGGCUCCCAAUCGUCUCCAUCACAUGACUAUUAUGGUUAUAAUGACUUUAUAAAAAGUUGGAGAUUACUAGAUGAGGAAAACUUCUUACAUAAUGCCAGCCGUGUCUUAGAGAAAUGGAAUGUUAACAAUGGAGCAUCCAUGGAUCCAGCUUGUUCGAACGGUAACUCGAUAUCUAAGAAUAAAUGUCAGUUUGGCGGAGAGAAGAGAAAACGGCGAGAUGUCGUCACAAGAAUUGGAAAAGAAAUAAUGUCAAGUAUCAAUAACAUGAGAGAAAAGAGAAGUACUGGAGGGGACAUUUCAGACGAUAAAGCUCGUGAAAUAUGUAAUAACUCUAUAACUGGAGCCCCAUCCGUCACAGAAUUCUCGGACCAGCUUGGAGAUGAAGACACAAACAUUGUAUUUGACCAAUGCGUGUAUGACAUUAUUCAUGGUAACAGUACAGUAUGGGCGUCAGCACAUGUCGAUGCUCUCAAUAGUAUAGCAUCAACAGUGAUCAGUCUAAGUCCUGAUUUUGCUGCCAACAAUUCUGAAACAGUAAAAGCAUUCCUGUCACAGACAUGUACAAAUAACUGUAGUGGACAUGGAGUAUGCUCCGAUUCAGGACUGUGCAGUUGUGAAGAUGUGUUCCGUGGACCUGACUGUAGUAUAGAUUUGAGAAUUCCACCAAUUAUCUAUGACAUAAAUGACGGUGGUGUAUGUGAUACAGCUGAUGGGAAUGAAUGUGAUUGUUUUGUUAUACGAACUGAUAACAUAUUUGAUGGCUUCAAAUACGAAAUAACAACUUUUGAGAUGUUAUUCGAUGGCACAAAAACAGAGGUAGGUAAGUCUAAUAAUGUCGGGAAGUAUGAGGAUAUAUUUACCGGGGAGUGCUGCGUUCCCGUCCAGCGUUCCAAACGUUCAACAAAGAAAUCCCAACCUUCAGUACUGGUGUUUGACUUUGUUAUAAGUAACGACGGAGAGAACUUCGGACAAAGCAAGUCCGUAUAUGUUUAUGAUUCCACGUGUUUGAAUUACGUCAUCAACGGUGAUGGGGAGAUUGUAGUCAUAAAUCUUGAGGAAAAUUUCUGUUACAUCGGUGGAUCUUGUAUUACGGGAGAUGCCACCCUACAAACAUCAUCGGACUGCUUUGUGUGCGACUCCCGGACAAACCCAUACGGCUGGACUAAAGUUUCCUGUAAUGAUGACGACAUCGGUUUAUCGUCUGCUGCACUUAUCGGCAUCAUAGUUGGUUCAGUCUUUGUUGGUAUCAUAGCAACUGCUGCCGUGGUGUAUGUACGAUGUUACAAAGUCACGAAGAAUCGGCGAACUGUGUCUGUGGGUGAUAUGAAUUCAAGCCAGACGUACUUAUCAGCGGGCCCAGCUCGAGAAACAUGGGGUGGUGACAAACAUUAAAAUAUGAAAGAAAACGGAUAUGUCGUACAACGUUAGUGAAUGGAAAUAAUAAUGCUGCUCUUUCUUACUUUUUGUGCGUGCGAGUGUCAUAAUUAUAUACUGCGACUUUUUUUAAACUUAUACGUUUUGUAUUAUGAACAUUUUCAAUAUUCAGAUUUAUAAUAUAUUUGAUCACAGAGAUUUUUAAAGUAAAAGUGAUGAAUGAUG